AUGAAUUGCGCUGGUUGUAAUACAAUCUGCAAGUCGGGGGCGCGGCUGCUGAAUUGUCAUGCCUGUGAAGGAAUCUACCACAUUGAAUGCCUAAAUAUUAAGCAUCAACAAUAUUCAUCACUGACAGAAGAAUUUAAGGCAACCUGGAAAUGUCCCUCGUGCAAUAAUAUUACCCGUCGUGGACGAUCCAACUUGCUUACGCCUGUGCAAUCCACGCAAAUACCUUUGGACGAUAACAUGAAUAUGUCAUAUGAAACCGAGGGCCAAGCACCCAUCUCAUCGAACAGUCCCUGUACUCUGACUAGACCAGCUGCUUCAGUCCCUGACUGUGUUGCCCUGGAGACGGGUGUUACUUUCCAUACAUUCACAAAGGAACUUCAUAAGACCAUUGAGGAAUGGCGAAGCGACAUGAACAAUACACUAACUGUAUUCAAAGAGAAUAUCAAGAGUUCACUACAUGACUGGCGAUAUGAGAUGGAGGCGAGUAUAACUAAACUUAAUGAUGAUUUAAAAUCUGCUUUAAAUGGAUUCAGGGACGAGAUAUGCACCCUUCGUGCUGAACAUGAGCGUCUAAAGUAUCAAACUAUUGAUAUAUCCCAUGAUGUUUCAGAAUUAAAAGCAUCUAUGCAAUUUCUUUCCGGGGAACAAGAUGAUCUCAAAAAAAAAGUGGAUGACACAAUACGUAAAUCUACCGAACAAUCUAGCCUAACUAUUAGCACCUUGGAAAAUAGAAUCGAGUACCUCGAGCAACAAGCCAGACAAUGCAACGUCGAAAUCUGUAACAUUCCUGAAACUCGCAGUGAAAACUUGUUGAACAUAAUGGGAUCAAUUAGUACGGCUAUUAACUUUCCGAUUUCUCAGAGAGAUAUCCUGUCAAUCCAUAGAGUUCCCCAUGCUCACCAUCAAACAAAAUGGCCGAAAAAUGUUAUUGUAAAACUAUCAUCACGCAUCCUUCGGGACAACGUACUUGCGGCUUUCCGUAAGGUGAAAACUCUCAAGACCGACCAGCUAGGUCUCUCCGGAUUGCCAAUGACCAUAUAUAUGAACGAGCAUCUUACACUGAAGAAAAAACAAUUAUUUCGUAAAACCAGAGAUCUCGCCACUAUGCACCAAUACAAGUACGUCUGGGUUCGGAAUGCCACUAUUCUGGUGCGCGAACGAGAUGGUGAAACUGCUUUUGCUAUACGCACAGAUGAUGACCUUCGUAAGAUCAAAAGUCGCACUAAAGGUGGUGAUAAUAGGCCUUGUGGUAGUUCUACCCAACAUAUUCAGUAA